AUCACGUGCACCUCAUCGCAAAGACAUUAGAGGCGGGCAGCUGUACGUAUUUCUUCCAGUCACGCACGUAAGCUUAAAUCACCACGACCCAGAUCCCUCUCCCAAGCAUCACGAUCGCCAAAUCUCUUCCAAUUACAUACAACUAGACUAUUGUCAUGACCUCCAACAACGAAAAAUUUCCAGUCACCAACAAGCAAGCGGCCAGGAUCGUUCAAGGUCUUCACACCGAAGUUCUUGUCUCGGGAUUCAAGGACAAAAUCUUCGUGGUCGUAACGCAGUAUGGCCGUAUUGGUAGUCUCAUAAAUACGACAUUUGACAUACCGCCAAAUCUAGCCCGCAGCCCAAGCACUGUACCUACAACCAGCAAAUUCCUUAUGAACUCUGCAGCAACCGAACUUUCAGAUCUUUAUCUCUUAUAUGCGGCGUCUGUAUCCAGAGCCAUCGCUACUAGCAAUCCACGAGAAAGCCGACCGGUCGUGCUUGGAAUUGCACUGAAGGAUACAGGUGACAUUCAGAAACGGAAAGAACUGUAUGAAAACAUCAUGGAAAUGAUCCGUGAUACCAUCGCCUAGUGACAGCAACUGUUUUAGAUAACGGUUGAAAGAA